GUCAUUGUAGUUCAGAGGAGGCGGGUGAGAAGGUUCUGGAAGAGACCGAGGUGAGGUAAGCUCUGACAUUGGGAUGAUUUUUAACGCUGUCUACCAAAGUUUAGGGGGGAAACUGUUUCAUUGUACAUAUUCUGUUAAUACAAAAGGAAUGUUGAAUUCAUUUAGCCCAACAUUGAAAACAGCCCAGUUGUCGUGUUAGCAUUUCAGGCUACCGCUAGCAUUAGCCGCUUCGCUAACGUUAGUCCUCGGGGCCUGAUUCUCGUGAUCACGGAGGAGGAAUGGAUAGUUACUGAUUUAUUAAUAUGAUUACAUUUUUAUGUGAAAAAAACAAUGAUAUUUAUGUUUGUUGAACUCGUGUUUGGUGGCUUUAAUCUGGGUAAAAUUUAACCACGUCAAAACAUGUACAAUGUCUUUGUUUCGGUGUUUAUUCUUCAACAAUGAUAGAGUAACUCCUACAUUUAUUCGACCUAUAUUUGAUUCAUAAUAAUAUCGAUGAAAUGAAUUAAAUCAGGGGAACUGUGCCUCAUUUAAGGUUUAUGUGAAGGUUGGUUUUGAUCUCCUGCGAAACACUGAAAUGAUCGACGAGUCCUCUGUGACUUAGAAAGGCAAACAAGACCAUCAGCAACAAGUCUGAGACCCUUUUCAUGGUAAAUUCAGGGGGGAGAUGUAAAAAAAAAAAGUUUUUUUUUUAAAGUAUUUUUCACAGCAAAUAAUCGCGUUUGGCUGUUGGGAGAAAAGUUAAGUUUCAUUUUGUCAGAAAACACGAUGUGAAUCUAUACAGGACAGAGUGUAGAGUUAAUGAAAGUUUAUGUAAACAGUAAAAUCCUCACACAAAGCUUUAAAUUCAUUUAUGGUCAUAUAUAUUGAUAGGUUAUGGACUUUGAGUCUGUCAAUAAAGUAUCUCCUCUCUCUGUUAUAUAUAUGAAGGUAGGGCUGGGUGAUAUGGGAAAAAAGCUUAUCACAAUAUAUUUUGUCUUUAUAUCAGUCGAUAUCAAUAUUUAUCAUGAUAUAAAAAAUGAAAUUUAACAGUGCUUAUUGGUGUCGGCUCCACGUGUUAAAGUCUUAUGGUUGCUUAUAGCUGCAGCCUGCUACUACGCAGUUGUUUAUUUCAUUUGAUUUGGUUCAAGAUCAGCUCUGUUUAUUUGAAAUAAAACAAAACUCACGUUCUUUCCAUCUUCAAGAGAAGUGAAAACAGUCUGCCUGGGAAAAACUUUGCAAAAGAUAGUUGAAAUAUUGAGGUAGUGUCUACUUUUAAUGAGUUACAGUGUUAAAUUUAUGACAACUUGACUUUUAAGGAGAAUGUUUAGUAUGUUACUAAUAAACUGAAGGUUUUACUUGGGUUUCACCUGAAUGCCUUUGCAAAAACAGUAGAGAGGUAUUACAAAAUGUGUCUUUCUUCACUAUUGUACUUGAUACUUCAAAGCCAGUUGGACUGCUGUAAUUACACUCUGGCUCCAGCAUUGGUAUAUCAUUUGGGGCAAAUUUCCAGACUGACACACCUUCCUGUUAAUCUUGUGGUAUGGAAUUCACAGCCUUUGUUAGAUGAACAUUGUGCAAUCUGUUCUCAGGAAAGAGCUUUUAGGUUUUCUGCACCUUUACUGGUUAUAAUCUACUGUUUGAUAUCAAAUAGCAGAGCUAAGAGUGAAUGUUUUUAAAUCCUCAGUGAUUCGUCUGAUUUUCAGGCUUUCUGUAUUCAGAUAUUUGUGUAGUUCUUUAAUGAAUUUCCCAGUUCUAGUUGUUUUUGAUGUUGAUUCUUUCUUUGUGUUGCUGCUCUCGUAAUUUGCCAGGUUUCUCUCAGAUAAGAGAUCUUUGAUCUCAGUGUAACCAACCGGACUGAGUAAAGGUUAAGUAAAACAAAACCAUGCCACAACACUUUGGAUAGAUUGCUUUUUUUUCAGCCCACCUUGGUUGUGUGAUGGCUAUUGUUUUGAGGUAUUUUCAGAUCAUGGUUUAUAACACUAAGACAUGUAUAAUAUACCUUUGUGAAAAUUUUGAGAAAAUAAAUGAAGCUUAGAUAUUUGACCUUGCUGUUCUUUUUGAGCCCAGUAAUACAUCCUAAAUUCCACAGUAUCAUGUAAAUAUAGCUGCAGCAAUGGUCUUGCAGUAAGUUAUAGAAAGGAGCGGCUAUUUGCAGGUUUUAAUUUUUAGUAAGCUGACAGCAUAUUCAGAUGAAUCCUUUCAUUAGCUUCAGUUCUGGAAUAUGUACUUUGUUUUUGUAUUUGCUGCACUACUGACUUUUCUCUGCAAUUCACGUCUCAGAUUCCUCUUCAGGAGCAAAAAAAAAAUCAAUGUCUUUAAAAUUCUUGCUGCUCAGCUACUCUUUGAGGGCUGUAGGUUUUUUGGGUGUCAAAGGCCACAGAGGAUGCAACUGAAAUAUAUAAACAAUGAAGUUUUUUUUUUCCAUUUGUCCAAGGUUAUCCAGAGAAGACAAAAUGGUCAAGGAAACGGGCUUCUACGACACAUUAGGGGUGAAACCUAAUGCUACUCCUGAUGAACUGAAAAGAGCCUACCGCAAGCUAGCUUUAAAAUAUCACCCUGACAAAAACCCCACAGAAGGAGAGAAGGUCAGUGCUUUCAUUACACUCAUUGACACUGAAAAACAUUGGUUGUUAUUUUUUUGUUUGUUUGUUGAUUUUUUUCUGGUGGAGGGUGUCUUGUAACAAAAUCAGUUUUUAUAAUUCUGCUGUUUUCUAGUUUUUGGUCGGUUUUGGUUUUAUUUUUAUCAUCUUGGUGUGUUUUGUAAAGGCAAUAUCAAAGUUAUAGUUGUUUUGCUCAGUCAUUACCAGAUAUUUUUAAAUCAUAUAAAUCUUUAUUUUACCUGUGUGUUAGAGUCUCCUCACAAAAUGUAUGUAAUCUCUCUUGUUUUUGUAGUUUAAGCAGAUCUCACAGGCCUAUGAGGUGUUGUCAGAUGCCAAGAAGAGAGAGCUAUAUGAUCGCGGAGGCGAAAAGGCCAUAAAGGAAGGGGGGACCGGUGGUGGCGGGGGUAGCUUCGCGUCCCCCAUGGACAUCUUUGACCUGUUUUUUGGUGGAGGGAGCCGAAUGCACAGAGAGCGAAAAGGUGAAUAAAGAUCAUAAAUGACUAAGCUGUAGUAAUGAGUUGGAAAACUGCAGAGUAAUCUGUUUGUGGUUUGAAAGGAUUGUCCAACAUUGACUUUUUGCAAAAUACCUACAUCAAGUCAGGCAGUUUUACGUUUAAUACUUUUAUUCAACUAUACAUGAGAAAAUUUGUCUACAUGCAGCACUGAAUCAUUUCCUUAUUCUGUCCACACAAAUCAAAUGCUGGCCAAAAUACAAGGCUGUGGAGUGAGAACGACAGAUCCUUGUGAGAACUAUUCCAGAGUUGAUGUGUAUCAUCUUCUAUCAACUUCUACGUCACCCUAUUCUGUCUCCUGAGAAGCACAUUAGUCUGAGGCACAUUCAAACAAGUCUGCACACAGUUAGCCCAGUAAGGCCAUCCCCCGACACAGUUUUCUCCUCCACAAUCAUUUGACAUUCAUGUGAUGCUUGGAUGCCAAUAGGUUUUGAAUUUUAUUUUUUUAGAUAGGUCAUUUUCAUUGAAGUCAAAAUCUAAAUAUUGUAACCUUACAUACAAUACAGUCAUUUUUGAGUGAUUGGGCAGAAGUAUAGAAAUUUGAUUUAGUUGGAUUUUUAAUUUCAGAUCUAAUCUAAUUUAAUUUCGUAAGAUGUUAACAUCUUUUGAUAUGAUUUUGAAAGUUAAAUCUUGUAUAAUCAAAUGUGUCAUGAUGUCUAAUUUGAAAAGGAACAGGUAUUUGGGAAUCCAACCCUAGAAGUGAGAAGUGAAUGAAAUCGUAUUCCAAAAACAAUAUUCCUGAAAUCUGUGAUUUUUCUCACCCCAGGAAAGAACAUCGUGCAUCAGAUUACAGUGACGCUGGAAGAUCUUUAUAACGGAACCACAAAAAAGCUCGCUCUCCAGAAGAACACUAUUUGUGAGAGAUGUGAAGGUACGAUCUCGCUGUGCAAGUCACUCUUUGCUCUUGUUAAGUGUCCGUCACUGCAUUUGUUCUGUAAUCUAAAAAGGCUUUUCAGAACACGCAUACCCAACCGGCCAUGAAAGACUCUUUGUCCCAUAAAAAAAAGCAGUCUUGUCAAUGUAAUCCAGUCUUUUCUCACUGGGUUACUACAGUUCAUGUCAUAAACCAAACCCUGAAAAAGCCUUCAUCUUUUAUAUCCAAUGAGCAGAUCAUGUUUAUUUUUAUCUGCAGGUCGUGGGAGUCGGAAAGGAGCUGCACAGAUGUGCAUGUCCUGUCACGGCACAGGCAUGCAGGUCCGCAUGCACCAGCUUGUACCAGGUAUGGUCCAGCAGGUAUCCACAGUGUGCCCCGGUUGUCAGGGUCAAGGACAGAGAAUCAGCCACAAAGACCGCUGCAAAACCUGUGCAGGGAGAAAGAUCAUGCGCCAGAAGAAGAUCCUGGAGGUUCACAUUGACAAAGGUAAGGGCUGGAGGUUUCUUUGAUUUUAGUUUUAUCCUAAGCCAUUUGAACAUCCACCAGAAAAACACAGAUAUUGUGAAUGAAUCAUCUGUUUAUCAAUGUGACACAGGAAUGAGAGACGGCCAGAAGAUUGUUUUCCAUGGAGAAGGAGACCAAGAACCAGGAAUUGAGCCAGGUGACAUAAUCAUCGUCUUGGACCAGCGAGAACAUCCACAAUUCACCAGGUAUUAAGUACCCAGUUGUGAAAAUGUCAAAGUUUCUGGUUUAAUCCACGCUUAAAGGUGACAUAUUGAUUCAAGUUUGUUAAAAGAAGGAUCAGUAAAUGUGGAUAAGUUGAGAGUCUUACAUGACUUUUCAACUUUUAAGUAAAAAACGAUUAAAAUUUGACAUAAAGAAUUAAAAGUUUGGUUGGUCCACAUUAAUCACACAUCCAGUGAAAUCAACUCCUGCUCUUGUGUUCAGGAAAGGAGAGAAUCUGGUCAUGUCGAUGGAGUUACAGCUGGUUGAAGCUCUGUGUGGAUUCAAGAAGCCUGUUCAGACACUGGACAACAGAAUACUCCUCAUUACCUCACAUCCAGGUAAACCUAAGCAUUCAACAUAUCAACGUUAUAUGUGAAAAAUACUUGCACAAGCAGAUUUUAAUAAUUAAUCCAUAGCCAAGGUUGUACAGAAAGGAGUGUGUAGGGCUGAAUUUUACAGAUUAGGACUAAGUAAGUUGGUCGAAGUAAAUGUCUGUAGUGGUUCUUUCUGCUGAACUGGUUCAGACUGUCUUUAAUAUAAUAUUCAUUUGUACUUUUAUUACAUCUGUUCUCAUCUUUUAGGAUUAAUUGUUACAGGAAACAGAUCAGCCACUCUUACUCCUGGUUUUCUGUCUGAAUACUGAUACAGAUUUUUUUUUGUUGGAAACUGGAGGAGUCUGAUAAAAACUGUGUAAUUUUUGUUUGCAUCUUACAGUGUGGCAUUUUAUAAAAAUCUGUAGGAUAUUUCAGUCAAACUGGUUUGGCACUUUCUAUUGGAAAAGGCCCUGAGCUUUUAUCCCCCCGUCACUGAAAGCUAUCCUGGUACAAGAACCCUCAACCUUCAUGGAAAUGAGUUUGUACUUUAAUUGUAAAUUGUAAUGAGGGAUGACUAAUAAUUAGAUGAUAAUGAAAAUCUUUUUUCAUUUCCUGGGUUUAAAUGACAAGAUGAUGUUGAUAGUCGUACUUUCAACGGGAGACUGAUGUCAUUUUAUUUUGAUGAUUAAUUUUUGUUUAUUUUGUUGUUUUUUUUGCAGGUGAACUGAUCAAGCCAGGAGACACCAAGUGUGUCUUGAAUGAAGGAAUGCCCAUGCAUCGCAGACCGUUUGAGAAAGGGCGCCUCAUCAUUCAUUUCUCGGUGAGAUCUUUUCUCAAUAAUGCACAUUUUUUACUUACUCUCUUACACCAGCUCUCUUCAAAAGUGAAAAACAUCCACCUCAUGAUCACAUAAACUGCUCAUCUAAUCCCCUGAAGAGUCAAAAGCUACAUCCACCCCAUGAAGCACCCUUAAAGCUUCACCAAUAAAACAGCAAUCGCUGGAAUAUGAACUCAACUCUCUUUAGACUAACACCAGAAUAUUAAAGUGACUCUGCACAGAGCUGUACGCUCUUUUCAUAAUCCUAUUAUUUGGUUGUUUUCUUUUUAGGUGGUGUUCCCACAAGCCAACUUCCUCCCUGACAACAAGCUGAAGGAGCUGGAGCGCUACCUUCCAGAGAAGCUGGAUGCAGAUCAGCCCGAAAGUAUGGACGAAGAUCUCUACAUCUACGCAGACCUGGAGGACUGUGACUUUGAGAACAGGAAGAGACGCAACCAUCAAUACUACUACAUGGACGAGGAUGACUAUGCCAGUACCGGAGGGGUCCAGUGCCAGACGUCUUAAAUAUCAGCUGGGCUCUCCUGUUUCAGAAGCCUGCAAAGCCUCAUCUCUCGAGUAAAGCACCUUUCUGGAAGUUUAUGCACUUUUGACUUAAUUAUUAUUUUUCUUUUAAUUGUAGCAGUUUACUUGUUUAAGUUUACGCUGAGUCAGAGGACUAUGUCCCACCAUCACAAAUUCUCACUGGAUGGACUGGAGAUUGAGACUCCAUGUCAUCUGUGGACUUGAUUUUAUUAUUAUUAUUAUUAUUAUUAUUAUUAUUGUUAUUAUUUUUCACUUUCACUGUGACCAGAGAUGAGGGCUGGCAACACAGAGACUUCAGAGGAAAGAAAACAGACUGCCUGCCUUUUAUGCAGUUACACUAAAAAUGAUGCCAAUAUUAACAUAAAAAUAACAUUUUGUACGGUGUUACAAAAUCAGCUGUUGUUGUGAACCAAUCGUUGACUUGUUUCAGUCUGUCGUGUGUGGAGGCUUAACUUUUAGGCGGUGGCUGAGACAGAUGUGCAUUCAGAUUGAAAUUGAACAUUUGUGCUACCCUUUCAAGGGCUAUUUUGUAGACAGUUUCGAAUAAUCUUGUAAACGUGACUCUGGGGUAAAAGUAAUAAUGAUUCAGGUGCGACAGGAGGUGGGUUCAAGCCUUUAAGAAGAGGAUUGUUUGAACUUGCUUAAAUUGGUUUGGAUUUUUAUACUUUUGAGCUCUGAUCGGGAGACUGAGAUGUUUUUGUUUUUGUUUUGGAGACAUUGUGUGGAAAGCAGACAUUUCAUGUGUAUACAAAACACAAAUUGAUAUGAGCCAAGUAUGCAUGCAGUUUAUUGCAGGGUAGGUAUCCAGCAGCAUCAAAGAUAGCGAAGGAGUCACUGUAUUUAGAAAAGGAUUGAUUUGACGGGAUUGGGAGGGGUUUCAAGAAUUUAUAUAUUAUAACAUGAGUCUACUGUAUGUUAAUAUGAUUCUUUGUCCCAGAUUUGAGGUUGUUUUUAAGUUUUUAGUAAUCAGAAUAACUCUGUAAAUCUGCGUCAUUAACAGGCCUCCAACAGCUAGAUGGCCAAAGUUUUAUUUCUUCCCUUCAUAGUGCCAGGGUCCUCCCUGGUUUUUACACAAAGUAAGUAGCUCACAGGAGGUUGAAAGUUAUUGAGAUUUUAAAAUUAGAAAGUUCGAGAGCUAUGUUUUUCCUCUGUUGUGAAGUUAAAAUUUUAAAUCGAACUCAAUAGAUUAAUAUCUCUACAAAGUGCAUUUUUGUUAUAUUAAAUGCCAAAUAGGUUGGUGGGAGAUUAUUUGGGACUUGAAAUCUUCACAUCUAACACCUUAUUUAAAGUCUGCCUGUUGGAAAGCCUUAACUUGAAGCUGCUCUAUUAUGCAGGUCUUUGUUAUUGUUUUUACAGUGAUUUUUUUUGUGUGUGUUGCCUUGGAUGUUGCAAGACUAAUCUAUGCUCACCAGAAUGGACAUUCCUUGAUUAAAGAAAAGCUCUUGAGGCGGAUAAAAAUCAGUGGUUCUCAACUUUUUAAGUGUUGUCAAGUUCUUUAUUUGACUGUACGCAUGUGAGGACCAAUCAUAUACUUGUUUAUGUUUUCCAAUUAAAUGCAUUUUGAUGGUUUCUCUA